UCAGUUUUAUCGCAAACUCGGACGGCUUCAGUCACUCCGGCUUCAGCCAAGCACUUGUCGUGACGUUCUCUGUUUCUAUUUUACGUCCAGGUGUAAACAUUGUUAAUUAGGUAUUGUCGGUGUGUUAUUUUUAGUGCCGUUCGGUGUUUCGUUGUUAGUUCCUACAAUCUUUGUUAUCAGUCGCGUAGUCCUAAUCGCGGAAUCUCAAGUGCACUUGCCCCAUAAACUUGCCUCACUCUGUUUUUUGGCUAAUCACUUGAAUCAAUAAAUUACUCCCAGCCCCGGGGUUAUCGCUCGGGUGCGUUUUAAACAGAAAUAAAUUAAUAUGAGACGGCAUUAAAUAAAUUAAAUGAGAGAUCCCCGGUGUACUGCAAACGGCAAAACUAAUUUAUGGCAUUAAAAAUGCAUAUUUUUUAGCAGUGCGUCGCCAGUUUUUAUCAUUUGCCAGCUGCCACAAGGAGAAAGGACGAGAGCCAAGAAGGCAUACGGCAUACGGAGUGCAUACCUGGAGUUGUGGUGGCAAAGAAGAAAAGUGCAGAGAAGGCGAUACGUUGGAUGAAAAUUGGAUUUGACUGCGGACAAAUCUGAAUCCGAAAGUUCUUUAGUCGACUCCAGUUGGAACGAGGGAUAAUUCUCAGAUUUUGCCCGGGCCUGGCAACGAAAUGGCUUUCCUAUGUGUACGGCUGGCCAGAAUAAUGACAUGGCGACCAUUGGUGACAUAUCGAUGAUCUCACCGCCAACGUCUUCCAUCUCGAACGAGCAAGAUCCGUUUGGACAGCUGCCACCGCUACCACCGCCACUGCGUUCCACCCAAGUGCUUCAGCCGCUGAGCGUGUUUCCAGUGUCCAAUUUGAGCGAAGAUUCCUACGAUUAUGUUUUUGGUGGUCGACGUAAGACUCCGCCCACAACAACGUCAACACAACUCAAGCUGACCUCACCGCCUGUGCGAUUGCGACCCGAAGACGCCUAUCGUGGAGCUAACAUAAACAACGGCCGCUUCUACCGCCACUCCUUCAGCUACGCCCCCAAAAGGCAACGCCACUCGAGUCGAGAUGAUCGAGACCGCGAAUCUAGGCUGAGAUGUCAUGGCGAGGACGAGGCCACACUGCGCCAAUUGCUGCUCGAUUUGCAAAAGCAAGUUAGCGUGAUGAGCAUGAAUCUGUCAGCGAAACUCGAUGAACUCCAGCGAGGCGACCGACACCUGGAGACGACAGUCGCCUUGUGCGAAAUCCGGACACAGCUCCAGGAGCUGACCAAAUCGGUGGAGAGCUGCCAGAGCGAGGUGUCCGAGGUAAAGCGUGACAUGGUGGCCAUCAAACAUGAACUGGACACCGUGCAGCAGGUCAAGGAGGAGAUCGAGGAGCUGCGCGAAUAUGUCGAUCGACUGGAGGAGCAUACGCACAGACGGAAGCUAAGACUUUUAGAACAAGUUUGUAGCUUAAAUUAUUUGCCAUGUUGUGGUCUUACCUUCUUCCUCACCUACUCGAUAUUCUCGGCGGUGCUGGGCAUGCUGCAAUUCGGUUACAACACCGGAGUUAUCAAUGCACCAGAGAAAAAUAUCGAGAACUUUAUGAAGGAUGUGUACAAGGACCGCUACGGCGAGGACAUUAGCGAGGAGUUCAUCCAGCAGCUCUACUCGGUGGCAGUCUCCAUAUUCGCCAUCGGUGGUAUGCUGGGCGGUUUCAGCGGCGGCUGGAUGGCCAACCGCUUUGGCAGAAAAGGCGGCCUACUGUUAAAUAAUGUGCUCGGAAUUUCCGGCGCUUGUUUAAUGGGAUUUACCAAAGUUAGUCAUUCCUAUGAAAUGUUAUUCCUUGGCCGAUUUAUCAUUGGUGUUAAUUGCGGCCUCAACACGUCGCUGGUGCCCAUGUACAUCUCGGAGAUAGCGCCACUGAAUCUGCGCGGUGGCUUAGGUACUGUUAAUCAAUUGGCUGUGACUGUAGGUUUACUAUUAUCCCAAGUGCUGGGCAUCGAGCAGAUCCUGGGCACCAACGAGGGCUGGCCCAUCCUCCUCGGCCUGGCCAUCUGUCCGGCCAUCCUGCAACUCAUUUUGCUGCCCGUCUGCCCCGAGUCUCCCAGAUAUCUGCUCAUCACCAAGCAGUGGGAGGAGGAGGCGCGCAAGGCCCUGCGUCGAUUGCGAGCCUCUGGCUCUGUGGAAGAGGACAUUGAGGAGAUGAGGGCCGAGGAGCGCGCCCAGCAGGCCGAGAGCCACAUAUCGACCAUGGAGCUAAUCUGCUCACCCACCCUGCGUCCGCCCCUCAUCAUUGGCAUUGUGAUGCAGCUGAGCCAGCAGUUCAGUGGCAUCAACGCCGUCUUCUACUAUUCCACGUCGCUCUUUAUGAGCUCCGGACUGACGGAGGAAAGCGCCAAGUUUGCCACGAUAGGCAUAGGCGCCAUAAUGGUUGUUAUGACCCUCGUCUCCAUUCCGUUGAUGGAUCGCACAGGACGCAGGACCCUGCACCUCUAUGGACUCGGUGGCAUGUUCAUCUUCUCCAUCUUUAUCACCAUUUCGUUCCUGAUCAAGGAAAUGAUCGACUGGAUGUCCUAUCUAUCGGUGGUGGCCACCCUCGGCUUUGUGGUAUUCUUCGCUGUGGGACCCGGAUCGAUACCCUGGAUGAUCACCGCCGAGCUCUUCUCCCAGGGACCUCGGCCCAGUGCCAUGGCCAUUGCGGUUCUGGUCAACUGGAUGGCCAACUUUGUGGUCGGCAUUGGUUUCCCCAGCAUGAAGUCUGCCCUGGAAAACUAUACUUUCUUGCCGUUUAGCGUUUUCCUGGCCAUCUUCUGGAUAUUCACCUACAAGAAAGUGCCCGAGACCAAGAACAAAACCUUCGAGGAGAUCCUGGCUCUCUUCCGGCACAACAACGGCAGGAGUAUGCUAAACUGCACAAAUAGCUUGGAGCCACAAAGUAUGAAUUCUGGCAUCGAACAUGCCGCCUUGAUGGUAUCCGAGGAGAAGACCCAACAUGACUCACUGUUUGGUACGACCUCGUUUUCAUUGACGGUUGAAGGCAUGGGUCCCUAUCCGCUGAGCGAUAGCACCAAUCUCUUGGGACCCGGGUCGAGCAGCUAUGGCCCGGUGGGACUGGUCGGUUCCGGAUCCGGGCCCGGGUCCGGUCAGUGCUACACGAACUACGGCACCAAUCUGCAAACGCCGCAGCCGGCGCGAAAGUGCCACUACGAUGACAUCGAUGACUACAGUUUCCGCCGUCACUCGGCCCACGGAAGGAUUACGCAAGUGAACGGGAAACAACUGAACUGGGGACCAACUAUCUAUCUAAAGCGAACCGAUUGGCUAACUGCAUCCGAGCGAUUUUUAGACGGCGGCCGAAGUACACACCAGGGCCGGAGCGCUGCCUCUGCGCCCCAUCACCCUCGUCAGCCUCCACCUGUCUGCCCGAGCAACGGGCCUUGACUGAGGAGCGCCUCGCCUCCUGACUCUGCCAGUGUUCGUUCCACGAGUCGCGCUGAGGAUCAGCUGCAGCAUCUACAACAACAACAGCAGCAGCAGCAACAACAGUUGCAACACCACCAGCAGGUGCACCACCAGUCCUGCUAUCCCACACACGAAUACGUACACUGUAGCUAUGAGAAGGAAGUCGUAUGUGAUCAAGCCAAUCCAGCACCACAGCAACCACAUCUAGACCAUCUAGACCAGCUAGAUCAGCAACCACUGCAGCAACAGCAACCAUCGCACCACUGCCAACAGCAACAGCAGCAGCGCAAGCACAGCCACAGUCCGCACCACAGUCGGCACACCUCGCCGCACUCGCACCACUCCGUCUCCAACAACAACGGCAGCAGCCACCACCAUCACUCGCACCACAGAAGCCACAGGCGCCGUCGCCAGGGCAGCGGCAGUCUGCCGGGAGCCCACCAGGCCUCCUCCUCCUCGGCCAAUCCCGCCUCGGUGCGUCCCUCCAUCUGCACCAGCCGCCGGCAUCGUUCUGUCACCGAGCUAUCCUCGCACAACUGCCAGGACCCCGCUUGCUCCGACCGCGAAGUCCAGGAGAUCCUAGUUCGCAAAACAUGCUGCAACACUGCCACCAAUAGCUCAUCCAGAACGGAGCUGGCCCAGUGCUUCGCCGAGGACCUGUACGGCUCCUCCAGGAGGCCCAGCAGCUGCUGCACCAGCUCGGACUAUUGCUACCAAACCGAUUCCACCAGCUUGUAUGGCUCCCGCUCCUCGCUCAGUCGAAACAACUCCAUCAAGUCGGCCUCCGCUUUAGUGAAAAAGCACCACAGGAGUCAGAGGAGCCUGCUGCCCGAGCACCGCCAUCCCAGCUACACCUCCAUAUCCUUGAGGGGUCUGAAUGCCAGUCGACCCAACAGCCAGUUGGGAUCCCUGACAUCCAUAUUCGACCGGGCCAAGAACAUGGCCCCAGAGCAAGGAUGCUCGCUGGAGCGCCAGAGCUCCAAGGGAGCCUUAAGCAGCACGGAGUUGCCGGAGUACGCCUGCUCCCCCUCGCCAAUACGCUGGAGCUUCCUGGCAGAUGGCAGGUCUCCCACGGAGCUCGAAGGAGCUGUGGGUGGUGAGGGAGCCGAAAAAGAGCCGGAGGAGAAGCUGGAUGCCUGGCAGGUGCCAGAACCCGAACCCGAAAAGAAACCCUGCCGGAAAAUCACCUCCAGCACCACCACUUCAGAGACGUGCUGGAAGAGCACUAGCUCCGUUUACGACGAAGGUCCUAGCACGUCGGCAGCCGCCGCCAGGAAGCGGAGGGGCAGCAAGGGGAGUCGCGGCAGCCGGGGCAGCAGGGGAAGUGGCAACUACCAUUGCGAGUUCGAGGAGGAGACUACCACCACAGUGAUGUUCCAUCAGGAUGCCGGCGAUUCGUACAACAAUUGCUGUAGCAACAACUACAAUUACAUACAAUGCAACAGCUAUCUGGAUCAGGACCUGCAGAUAACCAGCGAGGACAUCCACCAGUACUUGUCCAAGGGCGAUGCCACGGCCAGCGAUAUUUUGAACAACUCCAAGAACUAUCCCUUCCAGCCUAGCAACGCUCUCGAGUUCCAGUACAAGAACAACUUCCAGCAGGGCCAAAAUUUGAAUAACAACAACACAAACACCACGAACACGGCUUCCAGUGACGCGGCGGAGUGUUUCCAGAGCUACAGGGCCAGCUCGAAGGAGACCAACCUCAACCAGAGCUCCACGGAGCAGCUCUCGCCCACAAAUAUUAAUUUAUCAACGAGCUCGAACAACAUAAAUAUUGUAUUCAGCAGCAGCUUGGAGAGGAAUGCCAAUGAGGUGAAAUUCAUCAACAACAGGGGGGGCAACACCACCGGCGAAAUAGGAUGCGAGAGCCACCACGCCGGCUACUUGCCCUACACCUAUCCCAGUUAUGAUUACACGAACAUGUCGGGAAAUUCCCAUUUCGAGAAGCCCCUGGGAAUCGAUGAGUUGCCCAAGGAGUUUGCUGGAACAGGAGCCGGUGCAGUUGCUGGGUUGGGAGUGGCCGGAUUUGGUGGGGCCUCCACCACGAGCGAGCACUCUUCAUCGCUGCCGUCGCCACCGCCACUGACGCACCACCAGCAGCUCCACCACUUCGAGUCCUUCGACGCCGCCUCCGAGCAUAAUUUGCUGGCGCAGCCCCUGUCGCCCGGAUCCCCACUCUCCGGCUCGGUAAAUCCCGCUGGCGAUGAUUUCGUGCAGAUGCAUCACUACCAUCACAGCACUGACUCCCCACAAUCGCAAUCGCACCAACCGCACCACAGCCACGCCCACUCGCAUGCGCACCACACCCACCAACACCAGCAUCAGCAUCAAAACCAGCAUCCGCACCAGCACACGCACCACCAGCAUUCGCACCACACCUGCGACCUGACCGAGGAGCAAUUCCGGCUGGGAUCGGCUUUGAAGCGAGUGCGCAAGCGAGCACGCAAGUACACCGACUUCCUGCGCAAGAAGUGAGCCGCUUGAAGCCAUUAAGCCAGGACUCACGGCAUCCUGCAUCCCCUAGAUUCACCCUACUUUGGCCGCAAGUAUCUGGUGGUCUCGAAGCGGCGCUCCCAGAGCCUGGACGAGGACUAACAGCCUGGCGGCGACUGGACAAGCAAUAACUGAAUCCAGGAGUGGACCCAUAUUAACAUUAAUUACAAUUUUUACACUGCCAAAAAAAGGGAGAGGAUUAAACUUAAUUUUUUGCUAAGCCAAAAACUCUGUUAAAAGCGAGAAUCACAGAAACGAGACACUAGCACUAUGGGGGGAUUGGAUUUUUAAACGUAAAAAACAAAGUAUUUAAAAUUUAAAUCUUAAAUUAAGUUACAGGGAUAAAAUGACAGAGAAAAGGUAAUUAAUCAAAAUCUGUUUCAAAUCUGUUAGUUUGUUUAAUCCAAAAAAAAAAAUCCACUCCUCCCAGAGCACAACCACACAUACGAAUCACAUCAGCUACAAAAAACCAAAAACAAAAAAAACACAAACACCCACACAUACAAAACAAAUGGAAGAUGAACAACGACUAUUUUAAAUAAAAUACUUAAGCUAACAGUGCGUAUACAUAAUAGCAGAGUUAGGGGUGAGAGGAGGACAUUUGUAUAUUCAACUUAUACAUUAAGCGAAGGUUUUGAAUUUGCAUAUUUAAAUUGACUAAAAAAAACCAUAUACAUACAUAGAUAAGAGCCAAGGCAAAUGGAAAUAAUAAUGCACACACCUACUCAAGCCUAGACGAUAGAGAACCUAAAAAAUAAAUAUAAUUAAAUGAGAAGAUGAAUCAACCAAUCUAAAAUACCAGUUAAUGAUAGCUAUAAGGAUGCGACGGAUCAGAUCGGAGCAGCGCCACAAGAUUUAGAGUUUCAGCAACCGCAACUGCAAACUGCAACCUGCAACUGCAACUUAAUAAUAAUAUAAAAACAAACAUUAUUUAAAAUAAAUAAACCAAACAGAAAAGUGAACAGCAACUGUAGUUUGGCACACUAAAUGCAAAGUUUAAAGUUAUAAACAAAAUAUUAAAAACAAAAAAAAGAAAAAAGAGUUAAGAUUACACAAUGAUGUGAGAGAGGGUUUUGUUAAUAUUUUUUUUGAUAAGCGCGUUUUUAUGAUUGAACGAGUUUCUUCAGGGACUGCUUGCGAUUUUUGUAAUAAAGCAAUAAGCCGUUUUGCUCAAGGAUCAAACACGUUUCCCGUUUCCCCCACAUCCAGCCCCCCGGUUUUCUUUUCCUUUAUGAAUCUUAUCUUAUAGGAGAGGUGUCCUGACGAUGUCCUCUGCUUCGAGUUUUCGUGAAUUAUCCCCAACAACUGUCUUCCAAUUAUACUUUCUAGUCGUAUCUCUCUAGUUUCAGUUGCUCUGUUUCGAAAGUGAACAAAAAUGAAAUAACUAAAAAUGUAAACUAAGCACUCGAACUUAAUUUAAUAGCCGUUGAAUCAGACGUACCUUGCGUGAGAACAAAACGAGAAAAUUGUAAAUAACUGCUGUUGAUUAAUUAAUAACCUAAUUUACGACUAACUAACUAAAUGAACUUAAUUUGUAGACAUUAGCCGAGGCGAAUCAUUAUGAAUUAGUGAACCGAAAAUAAUAAAUAUAAAUGCACUGCCAAAAACAAAGGUUUUAAGUAAAUGAACAACAAAAUAGGAUUCGAAUCAGAAGUUCACACAAGAAACCGAAUAACAAACAAAUACACAAAAUCGAAACGAAAAGAGAAAAACUGCUGUAAAUAUAAGAAUGAAUACAUAUAGAGAAAUCAUAGACAUUUUUUAAAGGCACAUUAAUUAAUGAGAAGCAUGCAAUUUGCAGAUUUUUUACAUUAUUUUAAUGAACUAAGCAAAACAAUAAUGAGUUGAAAGGAAUUACGAAAACCAAAACAUAAUUAAAUAAAUGAAACUAAGAGAAUUAAUUGCCAAGCGGCGACGCGAUUUUGUAACAAAAUCAAAAGAAAAAAUGUUAACAUUGCGUAAAGUUAAAAAACAAAAAAGAAGAAACCAAAUACCAAAACAACACUAACACGACACCGGAAACGGAAACGAAAGCGAGUGGCGAAUCGAUAACCGAUAGACGGACUGGUCUUGCGUUGUGUGCACGAAUCGAACUGUAAAUACCAGAUCAGCGAACUAGCUAAAGCCGUAAGGAAGAUUAUGAAAUUAUCCAGUAAUAGGAGAACAAAAAAACCCAAAACCAGGCAUAACACCCUUUUAAAGUUCACGUAGCAAUGACACUAACUUACCAGUUACCCCCCGAAACAAAAGACCUCGAUGGUGGAUUUAAUAAAUGGGGAGCGAUAAUCACACAACAAAAACAACAAAAAACCUAAAACAACCAGCUGCAAGAAUUAAUGAGAUGCCGUUUGAAAUAUAUAGAAGAAUUAACACAAUUAACAAUGACAUUAUCCCCCUAGCCGUUAUUUGUAACAUUUUUUUAACCUAUUUGUAUUAUUUGGUUUGUGGCUCGGAUGAGGCGAUCCACAAUAUAUGUUCUAGCAUAUGUCAUAGCCACAUAUAGUUGUGUACAUAACUAGUUAAAAUUGUGCAUACAAAACGGUUAUCUUAAGUAUAUAAAUACACGAAAAGGUGAAUAUUAGACAGGCACACAGAAAAACUCACAGAAACAGACUCGACACACACAGAUAUAAAUUCUGAUCAUCCCAAUAAUUGAAUUGGAAUGAAAACCAAAGGAAAAAAGAUAAUGGCAAUGAUCGCAGAAAAAUAAUGCGAAAUAAUAAUUAUUAUUAUUAAUAAUAUACAACAAUAAACUUGAACUUAGGUAUAUGAUUCUGAAUUUAAAUAAUUUUUAGUAAAGCAGAACAAAGAAACCGAAACCGAAACCAAAAGCAAGAACCGAAACUCUAAACACUUGGAUGAAAUUAAAAGACAACUUAUUAAAAAUACAAAUAAAAAAUUGAUGAAUUAA